AUGGAUGAACGACAUUGGUGGAUUGCAUCAAAAGUUGAACAAACAUUUGGUAUUGAUAAAACUUCAACCGUUGAUGCAUCAUUUACGGAAGCAUUUUUUCGUCGAACUGAUGUGCUUGAUAAAAUGAAUAGUUUUUUAUUUGCAAAAGGUUCAAAUAAAUUAUUUUUUUAUACAACACGUGAUCGUCUUGCUUCGAAAGAUAUAAUAUGUUGUCAAACUAUUGUUGAUGAAUAUGCUCUUGUUAAUGAACAAUUGGAUAAUAUUAUUUUAUUAUAUUUUAUUCGUUCGGAUACAAGUUCCGAUGCAACUAUUCCACCUGCAUCAGAUAUUUAUUGUGGAGAAAUAAAGCAUCCAGCACAGAUGACAUCAUUACUUUAUUCACAUACAUUAUUACCAUUGUUUAAGAAAGAAUUAACACCUAAUUCAAAUGAUAGUCAUAAUCAAGCAACGACAAAAGCAGCUAUUGCAGCCCAAAUGGAAAGACAUAUUGAUGGUAUUAGUGCAACAUGUCAUUCUUUACAAAAAGAUAAGAAUUUACUAUUAAAACGAGUUGAUGCUGAUAUGAUAAGUCAAUUAAAACAAAGUGCACGGUCAACUGCUGAUAGUCCUGUUAUUCGUAAUUGUGAAUCAUUAGUCUUAUCAUGGAUUUCAACAAUUGAAAAUGUUCUUCAAGAUAUAUUCGGUGAAGAUUCAAUGCAUCCAUCACUUGGUCCAUUAAGUGAAAUCGAUCGAUGGACACGUAAACAACGUUUAAUUAAUAAUUUACUUGAACAAUUAAAAUCUAAAGAAUGUAAAGCAGUUAUAGGUGCAUUAAUUACAUCAAAAUCAAAAGUUAUUCGAAAAUGGAAAGCGAUUGAUGUUUCUAUAACUGAAGCACAAAAUGAAUGUCGUGAUAAAACAAAAUUUCUUGAAUCUAUUCGUCGUUAUUUAGAAAAUUUAACUGAAGAUGCACAUCCACAAAAUUGUGCUGUUAAUAUUUUACCUGCUCUAUGUGAUGCUAUGAGAACUGUUGAAUCAGUAUCAAGAUAUUAUGCUAGACAAGGUUAUUUAGGCUUAAUAUUUGCAAAAGUUACUAAUCAAUUAGUUAAAAUUUGUAAACAUCAUAUUGGUGAUGAUUUAACACAACUUUGGCCAAAACUUUUCAAUGAAAUUCUAUAUGGAGGAUUAAUUGAUGAUAUUAAAGAAAAUUUUCAUCUUGAUAAACGAGAUGUAAAACGUUUUCGUGAAGUUCCAAAAGGAUCAAUACCAUUAGAAACAAAUUCAAUUAAUGAAAGUACAUUUCAACGUUUAAAAAAUUGUCUUCUUUUACAGGCAUCUUACAAAGAAAUAUUUCGUACUUUACGAGAUGCACUUGGUGGUUCACAAAUGUUAGCUAAUACAGCUUUUUCAGCAACAUCAUCAUCAACAUUAAGUGGAACAACGAGUGCUAAUCCACAUGAUCAAAGUCAUUCAAGAUAUCAAAUUAGACAUUCAAGUGGAAUUUCAAUGUCACAAGAUGAAAAAAUUUUUCAACAUUUCGAUGAAUUUUGUCGUCGAGUUGAACAAAUGCUUGAUAUGACAGUUAUACUCAAUCAAUUUUCACAACUUAUCACUACAACUGUUCGAUUACCUAAACCAAAACGAACAGAUUUAAUCGAAGCAGAAAAUAUUGCUAAUCGUACAGAUACUCGCAAGCGUGAAGACAAAGAAGAAGAAGAAGAAGAAGGAGAAGGAGAAGGAGAAGAAAGAAAUGAUCAUAAUAAUGCUGAGAAUGCUUCAGAUGAAGGUAUUGAUGAUGCAGGUAGUGAUGCAGGUACGACAACAAAUGAUUAUCUCAUUUCAACUGUAUCAAAAAGUGAUCUUGAAUUGAUGAAAAAACAUUGUGAUAGUGAUAAUGAUUCUUUAUCAUUAAGUGGAUUUAUUGCUAAUGGUAUUGAACAACUUAAAUCAAUUUUAACAAAUAAUAAUAAUAAUCAAUCAAAUGAAGAUGAAAAAAUAAAAUUUGAUUUAAUUCAUAAACAAUUUACUUCAUUAACACGUGAACUUGAACAAUUUAUUGGUGCUUAUAUUAAUGUGAUGUUUUCAAAAACAAAACGUACAUAUGAAGGUUUAUCUAUUUUAGCAAGUUUUGAACCUGUUUGUGAACGAAAUUAUCUUCGUUCAAUUCUUCGUGAUGCUUAUGUUAAUUUAUUUCUUAAUUUUGAGAAUGAUUUAUUAGAUAUUCGAACAACAUUUGAAGCACAUAAAGAUGAUCCACCAUUACCUCGAAAUGCUCCACCUGUACCAGGUGCUAUUGCUUGGUCACGCACAUUAUUAACAAAAAUUGAACAAGCAAUGGAUGUAUUUAAAUUAAAUCGACAUAUUGUUACAUUAGGAAAUUUUCCAUUAAUAUCAAAACUUUAUAAUCGUACAGCUAAAGCAUUACUUGUCUAUGAACAAUUAUUAUUAGGACGAUGGAAAGAAAAAAUUGAUGCAUGGAAAGAUCAUUUAAAUGCUAAUCUAUUAUGUUUAGUUAAUGAUCCUGAAGAAAAUAAUAAACGAAUAGAAAUUAAUUCAAAUAUUGAAUUAUUUUCUAUAUUUGAUGAAGUUAAAUGGUUUAAACGACUUGAUGUAGAUAUUCCUAAAGCAGCACUUAUCUGCAUGCAAAAGCUGCGUUCAGGCUACCAACAUGUUACAGAAUUUUGGUCUAAAAAAGAUGAUUCAAUAUUACCUGAAGAAGAAAGAAAAUGGCUUAUGGAUGAUGAAGCAGAUGAAUAUGAAGAAAAUUUUAAACGAAUGAAAGAAGAAUCAUUAAGAUCUCGUCAAGUUAAAAUGCAAGAAGAAUAUGAAGAAUCAUUACGUGAAGUUGAUAAAUGGCGUGAUCGAUUAGCAUCUAAACGUAAAGAAGUUGAACUUUGGAUGAAUAAAGUUGAUAAAUCAUGUAUUGAAAGAAUACGUGCUUUUCAAACACCACCUGUACUUAUUGGACAAAUUAUGGAAAUGAUUUUAACAUUAAUUGGUCGAAAACCUGCUGUUAGAGCAGAAGUGAAAGAUCAAGAAAAAGAGAGAGGACCUGGAAGAAUGCAAGCUGAACGUCUUGAUCGUAAUCAAUGGAAACAAUAUACAGCAUUAAUGGCUGAUUCAGGUAGAUUUGUUGAUAUGUUACAUGGAGUCAAUUGGCAAGAUGGACUUAAUCUUGAUGUUGCUAAUGCUGUGGAAUCAUAUAUUGCAAAAGGUCGUGAUGGAAUAUCUGAAGGAAUUUCAGGUGAAGGUUUUCUAUUAGAAAAUGCAAAAAAUUUUCAUGUUCCUGCUAUACGUGGUGCUGGUUCACAAGAAAAUCGUAUUACUUUAGCUGCUGCUCGUUAUGCAUCUGAAGAAGCAGCAGCACUUGUUCAUUAUGUUAUUGCUCUUAUUGAAUAUACAAAAUUAUGUCAACCAUUACGUUUAGCUAAACAAAAAGUUGAAAAACUUAAACAAGAUUUACUAGAAGCUGAACAAAAACAAAUGGAAAAAGAAAAUGAAAUUCAACGUUUAAAAGUGAUGGAAGCAAGUCUUCAUACAGAUGUUAAUGAUAAUGAUCAUCGUAUGGUUGAUAUAUCAAAAUAUACAAUUGAUGAUUUAUCACGUUUAAAAAAUGAACUUGAAGAAGCACAAAAUCGUUUUGAUACUGCAGCUGUUAAUAAAAGUAAAUUAAAAAAAGAAUACGAAAGUUGUCAAACACGUUUACAAGCUGCCGUCAAUGUAACACAAAGUUUAUAUGAAAUGGAUUUAUUUGAUUUAAAAGAAUUCAAGCAAAGAGAUCAAUCGGCUCGACCGGAUGAUGAGAGUGUCUGUUUAUCCGAUUUGGAAGAUCAAUGGACAAAAUGGAUUGCUGAACAUUCAACACAUGAUCAAACUUUAACAAAUUGUAUAUUAGCAGCUGCUUAUAUGACUUAUUGUUCACCAUUUGAUGCAGAUUUAAGAAGAAUAUUAUGUCAAAAAUUUGUUUCAUUUUGUGAACAAUAUCAAAUUCCUCGAGAAGCUGAUUUAGUUUUUCAACCAAUACCAAUUGAUGCUGCACCGAAAACUUCUCUUGAUUUUUCUUAUACAUUAAAUAAUCAAUCAUUGGAUUCACCAGGAAAUACAGCACGUAAUAAUCGAGCAAAUUCAACACAAAUAACAACACUUGCAGAAUUUUUAUAUAAUCCAAUUGAAUUAAAAGAAUUUCAACUUCUUCGUCUGAUAGCAACAGAUAUAAUGACUGAAAAUGGAUGUAUUAUUAUGGCUGAUGCCGGUCUUCAUGCAUGGCCAUUAAUAUGUGAUGCGACAUGGUAUUCAAUUGAAUGGGUUCGUUUAUUUUUAAAAAAUAAAAAAUUGAUUGUUGUUAGAUAUCAUCAAUUACGUACUCAAUUAGAAACUGCAUUAUCUGAAGGACUUCAUCUUUUAUUAACAGAUUGUGAUACAAAUACUGUGAUGACAAAUGAAAAACUUGAAACAGUUAUAAGAAAUCAAGCUCGAUUUUUAUCUAGUGAAAAACCAUUUAAAUUACAAAUAGGUCAACAAGAAAUUGAAUGUAGUCCUAAAUUCAGACUAUAUAUGCAUACCAUUACUCAGCCAGUUUGUAUCCCGAAAGAAUUAGCAGCUUAUACAUUAACAUUAUGUUUUCAUGUGGCAUUAAAUGAUCUUGAAGAAAUAUUUUUAGGUCGAUUUAUGGCCAAAGAAAAGCCACAUAUUGAUGCUGAACAAUAUGCAUUAUUACAGGAAAAAGUUGAUACAUUGAAAAUAAUUGAUCCAUUACGACAGAAUAUAACAAAUUUUCUUGCAUCAGAUUCAUUAAAUUUAUUACAAAGUGUUGAACCAACAAAACAUUUAUCGGAUUUAAAAAAAGCUUAUGAUGAAGCUAUUGAAGGAUCUCAUCGAGUUGCAGUACAAGAAGAAAAUUUAUUUAAAACUCGUAACAGUUAUAGAAAAUUAGCUCAACGAGCAGCUACAAGUUAUAAUAUAAUGCAUUAUGUACGACAACUUUCAUCUGAAUAUGUUAUGCCACUUGAACAUUUUAUAGAUUUGUUUGAUUCAUGUAUUUUUCAAUCAGAAAAACAUUCAAUGGGUGCUGUAAUGACGGAAAUAACUAAAAAUGCAUUUAUAACAAUUUAUCGAACAUUAAAUGAUCGUGAUCGACGUGUUUUUGCGAUUUACUUUGCUAUGGAAAUCGAAUCAUUUAAUCGUCGUCAAAAUCAACAAUUAGAUUCAAAUAUUCCAACUGGUGAACGUGAAUUCAUUAUAUCACCAACAUGGGCCAUUGCAUUAUUACAAAAACGUGGAGCUCGUCUACCAAAUGAACAUCGUUUUUGGUCAUAUAAAAAACCAUUUGAUUGGAUGACAGAUGAAGCAUAUCAAAAUCUUCAGUAUUUAGCUAUAUUUUUUGAUUGGUUUUCUGAUGGAUUUGAACGUAUGGGAAAAGAAGGUCAAGAAGCUAAAUGGCGUCCAUUAUGUGAAGGUGAAACUGAAAAUUAUCCAUUACCAGCACCACUUGAACAACUUGAACCAAUACAAAAAUUUUGUAUUGUACGAGCUUUAAGAAGUGAUCGAUUACUUCAAGCAUCAACUGUUUAUGUUACAAAUGUUUUUCAUCAAGAUUCCAAUAAAACAAAAUAUUUAACACAAGAACAUAGUUCCAAUCAAACAGCAUCGUCAUCAUCACAAAAUCCAUCGACAUCUCGAUCAACAACAAUACCAGUAUCACCAACUCUUCAACAAGAUGCUGAUUUAUUAACACGUCAAAGUAGUCAACGAUCUGUUGUACUACUUUAUGAUGAUGAACCAGAUGAAGUUGUAAACUUUUUCUUAUAUUGUACAAAUUUAAUUCAAACAGAUUCAUCAAUAACAACACCAACAUUUCAACUUGUUAAUAUUUAUGGUAACGGUGCAAAUGAAGAACGAAUAUUAAAAAAAACUUUUAAUAAAGCAUUAACAAAUAAUACUUGGCUUUUAUUACAUUGUAUUCAUCAUAAUCCAUCAUUUUUAUCUUAUGUUGAAACAACACUAUGGGAACAUCGUUCAAAACGUACAUCAUCAACACCAUCAAUGCCACGUAUUUGGCUCAGUAUUCAACGUACAUAUUCAUUUCCAUCUUCACUUUAUAAUUUAUGUUUAAUUGCUUAUAUUCGUACACCAUUAUCAAUGAAAGAAGCAAUGGCACGAGCAUUUUCUUUAAUUGAUAAUGAUCUUCUUCGUCAUUCAAGUAAACCAGAAUGGAUACCAUUAUUACAUAAUCUAUGUUAUCUUCAUUGUGUACUUAAUCUUCGAACAAGAUUUGCUCAAGCUGGUUGGGAUUUACCAACAUUAACAUCAUUUACAAAUGUUGAAUUAACAUCAGCUUUUCAAGUAGCUGCUAGAGAAUUCGCUUUAAGUGAUCAAUCAAUUGUACGACUUGAAUCAGCUCAUACAAGUAGUGCUGUAUCCACUGAAGCAAAUAUUCGACCAUUAUCUUGGACAUCAAUGCGUUAUGCAUUAUCAGAAUUAAUUUAUGGGGCACGAGCAUUAAGUGAAUAUGAUCAACGUGCUAUUGCAAAUAUAGUAGAUUUUUGGAUUCAACCAGGAUCAAUUAAAAGAGAUUUUGAAUUUUCAAAAAUAAAAUAUAAAAUUCCAUCGAUAUUUUUUGGACAACAACCAAAAUUAAGUCAAUUACAGCAAGCACUUGAAUCACUAUCUAUUCAUCAACUUGAUGCACCUGAAGCAUGUCAUCUUCAUUCAACUAAUGAAACAAAUCUCGGUGAUGAUCUAUUAAUUAUAAAUCGUCUUAAUCGCAUUAUUGAUGCUUUACCAGCAAAUAUUUCUCUUAGUACAGCAGUUCAUCAACGACCAAGUACACCUGUUGAAGAUGUAACAAUUAAUACAUCGUUUUCAUCUUCAAAUGUAUGGUCGACUGCAUUCAGUUCGGCAGCACUUUACACAUUUUCAACAAAAAAAACAAUUGCCCUAGAGGAAUAUUCUGCUAUGAUAUUAGCUUCAAAACUACCCAAAGUAUUAACAAAGGAUCAAAUAUUGGAUCGUGCUCGUCGUAAUGGUACACCUAUUCAAAGUCCAUUCAAUGUAUGGAUUAUACGUGAAGCACAAUUAAUGACUGAUCUUGUAACUGUUAUUCGUACACAUUUACAAUCGAUCAAGGUUGCUUGUGAUUUGAAUCAAUUAGGCACACAAUGGUCAGCAGAAUUAGCUAAUGUAGCACAUGCUUUAUACUAUCAACGAAUACCUGAUGCUUGGCGUGAAAUGAUUGGCCCAAGUGCACCACCGCCAACUUGGGGUUUAAAUAACUUCUUUCCCGAUUUAAUUAUGCGAGCUGAACACAUUGAAAAAGUACUUACUAAAGGUCGUGAAAAACAUCCAGCUUAUAAUUUAUCUGCUUUUUUUCAUGCUUCGUCAUUAUUUGGUAUAUUUAAACAAGAAGUAGCACAUGCACUUAGCCUUUCUGAUGAUGUUAAUAAUGGUUCUCUUAUAUUUCAAUGUGAAUUAACACCACGUGAUCGCGAACAUAUUCGUGAACCACCCAAGGAUGGCCUAUUUAUAUAUGGUCUUUAUUUAUGGGGUUGUAGUUCGGAUAAAAAUGCUGUAGAACAUGGUAUUUCUGAUGCUCCAGCUAGAAAUCGUGAUGCAUAUUCCUCCUUACCUGUGAUUCAUUUAACAUGUGUUUCAGCAGAAAAAGGUGCUCAAUUAGUUUCACAACAACAACAAGGUGCUGACGCAACAAUUAAUAGUCGAGCGACGAUAUUGGAUAUUUAUUCAUGUCCUGUAUUUUAUAAACGUUUACCUGAACGACGUCCUACCGAAGUUGUUUGUGAAUUAGAUUUAUGGAAAAAGACAACUAAUGUUGGUCAAGCAUCACGAUGGGCAUGGCGAGGUGCUUGUAUGACUGUUAAACCUUAUUGA